AUGUCUUCCACCACCUCUAUUCCCCCAUCAGUCAAUGCCAUGGUUGUCGAUGAGCAGGCGAUGAGUCACAAACCUGGCAAGUUUACUGGAGACCCCAGACCUCCUCGCCAGCAUGAGCAAGACUCAGACGCCCUCAGUGCCUUUACAUGCUUCUUCCAUGCCAAGGUGCAAGUGAAGGAACUAGCCAUCUGCAAGGAGGCCCAUGCCUUUGAUCAACUUGUCUGGGCUGAGCGGGCUCACCAUGCCACUCCCUAUCAUGCCUGUGGAUGCAACUUGACCCUUGAUCAUUGUGCCCCAGCUCCCAUCGUCCCAGUUCCUGAUCCAGGUCCAGAUGUCUCAGAGAUUGUUGCUGCUGCUGAGCAGCUUGACCUCAAGCAGGUUGGCCACAUGCCUCAUAUCACUAGUGAGGACAUGUUUGGUAGAUUGAUCUCUAUUGGCUUAUUGGUGUCCAACGUGCUCAUCCUUGCUGUUCUCUUAGCUGUGUUUGCUUCUGUGACUCGAUCUUAG